UGAAGUGAUUCACUGCCUGGAGAAAGAGAGAGGGGUUGAGGAGUUCUGCAUCACUUCCUUUCUCAUCAGUUUUUCUGUUGUUGGCGUCUUGAUCUUGAUUUGUGUCGUCUGUUCUCUUCCUGCCGUGUGUCAGUCUUCGUACUUCACUUGUUGUUCACGGUUCCUGUGAUGGAUCUCGUUACUGUUUUCAUCGUCUCAACCUUUUUGUCCGUGACUGCUGGAAAUCCCAGUGCAACACUUCGGCCAACGAAUGAUACCGUCACUGCUCCGACCCGUCGCACAGACAAGGACUGUUCCUGCCCCCCUGUUCCUACAUCAGCCACUGUUGCCUCCAACUGCCCUGCUCCUGUCCUGGGUCUCCUCACUGUCAAUUGGACAAGAGAAUGUGGAGGCAACAUCAUCCUGAUCACACAUCUACCCCUCAGCGGGUCCUUACCUGUGUGUCACAGUCAAAAAAACCUUCAGACUAUUUUGGGAAAUGUUUGUCAAAACAAGAAAGGUUGUAAAGGCACGCCAGAAUUUUCCAGUCGAUCCAAAAUGGACGGUUAUGACAUCACUGAGAAGGGAGCAACCAAGACGCCUGACUGUAAGGAGCUGAUUGUCAAAUGCGAAGUUGAGAUCCCACAGGUAGACGGACAGCUGACGGCCUACAAAGUGGUGACAGGUUUGCUCUGCUGUGUGCUGCUCAUCCUGUUACUGAUCCGCUUCACUAGACCCACCGUCAAAGCCCUGCAGAAAAGAUUAUCAGACAGACGGCAAAAUCGCUGGAUUGGACCUACACAGAGUCACAGCGUGUCUUACCAUCGAGGGAAAACUGCAGUGAAAACCAACGAUGGCGAUAAGAGACUGUCCUAUCCUGCUCUGGAGCUUCUGGUGAUCAGUGACAGCAGAGAGUUUUAAUCCAACAGGAACAGUACUACAGCUUCUGACAUGCCCCUUCCUCAAAUGUCAUCAUCAUCGUCAUCGUCAUCUCCAUCGUCAUCUUCAUCUUCAUCUUCAUCUUCAUCAUCAUCGUCAUCAUCAUGUGUGCUGAACACAUGUUUUCAUUCCAGGUUAUAUCUUUGUUUAGGAACAUCAUUUAUGUUUGCCAAAGAAUUAUUUACCAGUGUAUUAUUUAAAACUAUGUAAAAAUGACAAUUCACUUGUUGCAUCACAUGCAGCAAAAAUCUCUUACAGUCAAAAGCCAGCACUUACCAUCAUCCAUGCUGCCUCGCAAAGCCAAAGAGCAACAACUACAGAAACAACAGGCGUUUCAGAAAAAGGCUUAAAAGUUUGAAGGCUGUGUAACAUAUAUGUUUUGGAAUCAUCAGUUCAUUCUGUUUUGGACGUAGUCACUGCCACUGACUUUGCAUAAACCUCAAAAAUAUUUAAAUACUGCAGCGUGUUUAGUCUAAAGGUUGUUGGGAAGAUGCUGUAUCCAUAAACAAAAUAUGUUUUGCAGCAGAUUUCUCGCUCAUUUAAACUCAGGAGCUAGCUUAAAAACAUAUCUUUAAUUAAAUACAUUUAGAUAUAUGAUUUAAAGCUAGCUUAAUCAGAAUCAUGUGAACUUGUUGUACCCACUACUCUGUUCAACGAGGCUAGUUAGUUUUGAGCACCACUUUGCAUGUGGCAAAACAGCAGGACAUAAAUUCUUUAUAACUAAUUAAUUAAUUAAUCAUCCCAGGUUGCACAGUGUUGAAGUGGUUUACAUUGUUUCCUUACAGCAGGGAGGUUUUGGGUUUGAACCAGCUGGUCAGAUGGUCUGUGUUGAGUUUGCAUUGAAGGGCUAUUCCACGUUAAUUCAACCACCUUUUUAAAACUUCUUCACAUCACAUUUUGGAUUUUGUUGAACAGAUAUGUACGUGGUCUGCAAGGUUCUUGCCGGUUUUACACAUUUCACUUGAUUUUUUGUGACAAAAGGAUUUCUUUCUAAGUUUCCACUGCUCAGUGCAUAUCGAAAGUAUCUCAUUAAUAGGAGUCUCCCUACUGUCAAGCAAAUUUGGGAUUUGUGCAAUCUUAAGCCAUAGGUGGGGUAAUUAGCAGAAACUGGGCUAUAAAGAUGCCUUCAGAGUGAAAGUGAUAUUUUUGCAUUUUUAAACAAUAACAUGGGACACAGUACAAACAAUUCAAUUUAAUUCUUGGUACACUGGAUUUGCAAUAAAAGCUCUUGCAUUUUAGGUAAAUAUUUUUCUUCUAUAUUUACAACACAACAACUUUUAUACAUUCAAAAAUGUUCUUUAUGACCAAUAGAAUGUAUUUAUGUGGAAUCCAGCAUUUAAAAAGCACGAAAGUAGCCUUUUGUGAAGAAUUUCAUUUAUCUAUUAUAGAAAAUCAAUGAUGCAUAUAUCUCCAACUUUUACAUUAUUUAUACACGACAUUGUGUUCUUCACACUAAUGUAUGAUAUAUUUGAUUAUUGACAUGACAUUUUUGUACAACGUGUUUCACGUUUGAUUUUUUGUUUGUCUUUAAAGGUAAAUUUGUUCCACUUAAACCAACUAUGGCCUUGAAACUGUACAAAUUCCCACCAAAACCUGUUAUAAAGUGAGAGGAGAAAUAUUAGUUGUAUAUUUUAUGCUGUUUUACUAUUUGAACAAUGAGUGUUCAAAAUUUUGGAAAAACAAAACUCAAGAUCUUUCACGUGUUAUUUAUUUAUUUAAAUUUUUUGCCUUUGCUGAAUUUGACAUGAAUCCCCAAAUUUAGGUCAAAUCUGUCAGAAGCUUCUACACAAAGUACAUAUCUGUCCCUAUAAGGAAAAUUAAAACACAACAUUUGUGUGUAGUUCUAUGAAGCCCCGAAACUUUUAGGAGACAGGCCUCGUCAGUGACCACCAUAACAAACUCAUCAUGUAAACCAGGAUGCUCUGGCAUUGUUAGAUGACUAACUUUCCACCAUUAGCUAUAGGGUACUAAUUCCCUCUACUUCCAGCCUUUUUGCUAAGCUAGGCUUCACACUUUAAAGACAUGAGAUAUCUGUAUAUAAGUAACCAGUGAUGAAAGUAGGACAGCAACAUUCGUUAUCCUUCCUGAUGAUAUUGAUUCAUUAAUAUCUGUUUCACUGACAUUGUAACAUAAUAAUAUUGCUUUGUUGUUGUUGUUGUCAACCAUUUGUGAUUUUUUUUUUGGUUAAAUAAAACAAUCCUAACAA